GGACCGAGAGAGGGGGCGUGUCUGAGCGCGCGCAUCUCAAACACACGUGCGGCUCUCAAACACACAGAACACCACACGUGAACUCGACGAGCAGUGCUGAAAAUGAUGUUCAUGAGGAAAGUUUGCUGUUUUUUGCUUUGCUGUAUGUUGAAGCCGAGUUAUGCUCGCAGGACUGAAGAUGCGGAAACCUUGGAGAAGAUUGAUAGCUCGCGCUGCGUCUCGCGGUGCCUCACGCUUCACAUGACGCAGAUCACAGCGUCAUUCAAACACCUGCAGAAUGACCGUGUGUUGGGCUGGUGUGACAUCCACAGAAGAUGUUCACAGUGCCUACAACCUUGCAAGGAGCUGUGGGAAACAAGACGAGCGCUGUCUCCCAAGACCUGCGAGCGUCAUGAAUGCAGAACCAGCGCUGAGUUCCUGCGGUCACUGCAGACACAGAAGCAGGGCGACUGUCCGGCACCGCAGAGGGCAUCUGGUUUUGCCGCAGCCUGUGUGGAGGGCUGCGCUGUCGACCGCGAAUGCUCUGCCUUCAAAAAGUGCUGCUCAAACGGCUGUGGCCAUACCUGUCAGACCCCGACGAACCUUUACAAAGGAGUCCCGCUGAAGCCAAGGAGGGACAUUUCUUUUUCUGAAGACCAACAAGGACAUGUGGAGGUUACGUGGAUGUCCAAGUUUAACGUCUCAGUUGAACCGGUUCUUUAUAUUCUUCAGAGGAGAUGGAAUCACGGAAUUCAUCCAAGUGAGGAUGAGGCAUCGACCUGGCAAACAGUUCUCAUGACCAUGGAAGACCGCUCUGUGUUGAAAGACAUUCGACCUCAUAGAUGGUACCAGUUUCGAGUUUGUGCAGUCAACAGUCAUGGCACAAGAGGCUUCACCACUCCCAGCAAGCAUUUCUUCUCUGCACGAGAUCCAUUUCCUCCAGAGAACCCACAGAAUGCCAGAACAGGCAACCAGAUGGUAAAUGCUGACGGCACCGUGAGUGUUCUGGUCCUUUGGGAUGCCCCCAGGGAGAGUGACCUGAAGGUCCACCAUUACAAGGUGACCUGGAACGCACAAGGAACACCCUCAACCAGACAAAGUCGGGCUGGAAGGGUCACAGAUGGGGAUGGAACCGAGAUGGAACUUCACUCUCUCCAGCCCAACACACAGUAUACAGCGCAGAUUCAGGCUGUCUCUUACUGGGGUCAGAAGCGACUUCGAAGCGGCCGAACCCAACUCUCCUUUAACACCGUUGCAGCCACCACAUCCUCCUAUGGGCGUGGCCACAUUUCUGGAGAGUUUUCCAAUGAGCUUCCCGUAUCCCAUUCCUUACCCACUAUCCUAAGACUUGAGGCGGCCGCCCCACACUACCAUGACAACCAGCUGCAGGUCAAGAUCUUCUGGAAGAGCCAAACCCAAGAAAGCCUGAGGGAUUCCAGUUCAUACCUGCUGACAUGGUAUCCAGACGUUUGUGCAAAUAAUGUUACAAAAACAGAGAAAACGGCUACAGUUCAGGAAACACAUUUUGUGAUUACCGGCCUGUUUUUUGCUUGCAAGUACUGGGUGUCAGUGAAGCCUCUUACAGAAGUAGAACAGAGGUCUGAGGUUGUGACCUCGUUUACCACCCCGCUUUGCUUGGCGCUGAUGGGCCGACGAAAGAAGGUUUCUGCAUGUGCCAGAGAUGAGCGCCACCCUCAGGUUAAGAAAGUAUUGCAGCGGCCUGAGACGCUGGCAGCAUCAUUUCAAGUGCUAAACGGCUCCAUACAGGCACUGUUCAGCUGGCAGGUGUCACCGGAGAGUCCAGGACAAACACCUGUCACAGGCUUUCAGUUCUCCUGGGUCAAAGUGUCCGGCACCAACAGCACACUGAUCUCUCAAACAUACAUCCUACCACCUGAUCAGAUGUCACUUAUUACAGACGCAUUACAGGAAGAUAGCAUGUAUGAAGUUCAGGUCCAGAUUCUGUCGGAAGCAGGAAAUGGACCCUCGGUGACCAAAACUUUUCAUACACCUCAUCUGAAUGGCACACUCCUCUAAGAUGGAAGAAGGCUGUGAAGAAUUAGGCUGCUAUACAUUCCAGUAUAAUCAACUUGUCUGUUAUCACGUGAACUGACCGUUCUCACAAGAUCAGCACAUUUAAUGCAAAUGCAUUUAUAAAGACAGAAGUGAAGGGUUUAGCAUGAAAACUAUGUGCUGUAACAUAUGAAUGUUAAAUAACUGAACUCAAAUGUAAAAAAUGUGUAGGAGUCAUUUAUUUUGUUUAGUUGUUUAGUUAUAGACAUUUAUUUUUUCAUACAGAAGAUUGUGCAUAUAUUCAAUGGGCCAAAGUUACAUCAAAUGUUUGUAUAAUCAAUUCAACACAAAAAUUCGAGAUUGCGGCCAUGUGUUUCCAACUAUACUUUUUCAAAAAAUUUGAUGAUGUGAAUUUUAACUGUACAUUAGAUUUAAACUAAAAUUGCAUAAUUUAAAUAAGGCCAGCACCACUGCUAAAAGUUUGAUUUAGUUUAUUGUGAAUGUAUGAGUUUUUAUUAUAACCUCUCUAUAACCUAUAGGAGCAAUUUCCCGGACAGGGUUUAGGUUAUUCCUGGACUAGGCCUUAGUUAUAUCAGGACAUUUAAAGGUGCAGUGUGUAAAUUUUAGUGCAUCUAGUGGUGAGGUUGUUAAUUGCAACCAAGGGCUCAGUCCACUGCUCACCUUUUGCUUUUGAAACACGUAGAGAAGCUACGGUAGCCGCCACCAGACAAACAUGUCAUCGUUGGAGACAACUUAGUAAAAAAUUUGUCUGUUAAGGGCUUCUGUAGAAACAUGGCUGCACAAAAUGGCGGCUUCCAUGUAAGUGUAUGUAGAUAAAACGUCUCAUUCUAAGGCAAUAAACACAUAACGGUUCAUUAUGAAAGGUCUUUAUACAUCCCUGAUCAUUUAGUUUUGUAUAUUAUUUUGCAUUUCUGUCAAGAGAUCCUUCUAAAAAUUACACACUGCACCUUUAAGUAGUUUUUACAAACAUACCUUACAAAAAAAACAUUAUUGGUGUGCAUUGUGAGACAAAACAAUGGCACUGAUAUAUGUUAAGAUAGAUCAAUGCAAGAUGUUUUAAAUGAAGGCAGCUCAAAGAUGCAUUUCAGUCUGGGACUAAGAUAAGACCUGUCCGUGAAAGCGGCCCAGAGUGAGAUACACUGUACUUUAUACUGUAUCAGUUAGUCAGAUCAAUUCAUCUCAUAGCAACUUUACUUUUUCUUAAAAAUUACAAAUGAUCUUACUUUUAUUUACAAAUGACAUACUGUAUAUAUCGCUUCAAAUGUUGUACUACUUUUCAAAGGUUAAAGUAUGUAUUUGAAUAAGUACUGGGAAUGAAUUAAUUAUAGAAAUGUUUACAGACAAAAUGCUUUUUUUAAAUGUAACUUUGUAAAAUAUAACAUGCUGUUUUGUAAAUAUUAGGCUACAUUUGAUGUGUUAUCUGUGUUGUUGUUACUAAUAAACUCAAUGCUCUACAUCUA